CGGUUUGGAAGUGUAAUGGCAGUCGAUGACUGCAAGAACAGGUUGAUACAAGACCUAUUCUUCGCGGUCGAGACGCUUCACUCUGCUCUGCUCAACGAAUGCACCAAACAGGAGAAUGAGAGGUCCCGUUUCAUCCAAGAACUUGCCCAAUACAAGACGGAGGUUGCAGAUCUGAGACAUGAUCAGGUACUGUUCCUACUUAUCCACACAAACUGCAAGUCUAAAUGAAGACACUAAUGACGCAGGCAAAGCUAAGCUUCGUGUCUAUCCUCGUCGACGGGGACUGUAUGAACUUCAACGACGCCCUCAUUCAAGAAGGCCACGACGGCGGCCGCAGAGCUGCACGACUUGUGCUCCAGUCCGUUGAGCGCUACGUCCGGGACACCGACCCCCAAGCCAGUCCCAACCUGCAGUACAGAGUUUGUAUCUAUGCCAACCUGCCCGGUCUCGAGAAGGCCUACCGGGAAGCCAAAGUGCUGUCCUCGACGGAGACCCUCGACCCGUUCGUCCGGGGCUUCAACAUGGAAGACAGCCAGUGUGAUUUUAUCGAUGCAGGAAACGGCAAAGAAUGCUCCGAUGUCAAGAUCCGAGCAACCUUCGAGCGCGACAUCCUCGACGUCCACUGCCGCCAUAUCAUCUUCUGCGCCGCCACGGACAACGGCUACGCCCGGCUACUCGGCUCCCAUAGGGGGAGCAACCGCAUCACCCUUGUCGAGGGGGCGCCAUUCGCAUGGGAGAUCGAACAGCUAGCCACUGAAUUUCGGACAACCGCGUUCCCAGCGGUAUUCCGGGCUGCAAAGCUCCCCGCUUGCGCAUCCUCGUUCAGCGCCGCUGCAACCGCUUCAGCCAACGUUGCCGCUGCUCCACCAACCGCCGGCGGCGCACUAUCCUCGUCUCCUCCCCGGCAGGACUAUGCUACCAUCGCGAAGGCUAACCUCCAAAUAACCCCUUCGUCCACCCCCUCCUCGUCCUCCUCCUCAGCCACCACACCCACCUCCUCAACACCAAGCCCAUCAUCACCCUCAUCAUCAACCUCACCAUCAUCCCCGAUAGUCUUCGACAUCUCCCCCUUCGUCACUUCAACGCCCCCACUCCCCCAAAUCCACUACAACGCCCAAGACCAACGCAUCGAUCCCCCGCUCCGCCGCGCGAGCAGCAAAGAGAACUACGAGCGCCUCCGCGCGGCCAAGCUCUGCAACCGGUACCACCUGCAGGACGACUGCAGCUACGGCGACAGCUGCACGCACGCGCACGGACGGCGGCUGACGAGCGCGCAGGAUCUCCACGACCUGCGGUGCAUCUCGCGGACGAGCGUGUGCGGCGAGGGGCUGUGGUGCACGAACCGGAAGUGCGUGUGCGGGCACCAGUGUCCGCGGGAGUCGUGGCGGGAUCAUGAGCUGACGGGGUGUCGGUUCCCGGAGGAGAUGCAUGGGGUUGAUCGGGUGGUUGUGCGGGUUGAGUAGGUUGGGUUUGAGGCUGCGACGGGUGGGUGUAGGUAGGUACCUUUUAUUGACAACAGUUUAUUUAUUGAUGGUGACUCUUUUCCGGUUCUCCGGUUGAAACAUGUUAUAUACGUGGUCCGUCGUAGAUCCUCUCAGCCCCAAUAUUACCUAUCAUAUAGUUAUGCCACCCCCUGUCUACUUCAAAGAGAUGGUCUCGGC